AUGGCAUGUGGAAUACUACCCUACUCGUGCUGCGUAAAAUGGCGCUUUGGCUGCGGACACAAUUUGAAGCUUUUAUUCUUCUUUUUUUAUCUUAACCAUGUUGUCAGCGGACAAAUCCGAUAUUCAAUCCCAGAGGAAAUGAAGAAAGGCUCCCUAAUCGGUAAUGUAGCACAGGAUCUUGGUUUGGAUUUGAGAAGGCUUCGUUCUGGUCAGGCCCGUAUCGUGACCGGAGAAAACAUCCAGUACACCGAGCUGAAGACGGACAAAGGGAUUCUAGUUGUGAAUGAGAGAAUAGACCGGGAGCAGCUUUGCGGAGACGUAACACCGUGCAGCUUCAGCUUUGAGGUGAUUUUAGAAAACCCGAUGGAGUUACAUCAAAUUACAGUUGAAAUAACAGACAUAAAUGAUCAUUCGCCCACAUUUAAAAGAGACAUUAUUCGUUUUGAAAUCAGUGAAAUAGCUAAUGCUGGCGCUCGUUUUCCAUUAACGAGUGCAGAAGACCCAGAUGUAGGUGUUAAUGGUCUCAGUGAAUAUGUUUUGACUGAGAAUGAGAAUUUUGUUCUGAAACAAAACUCGAAUGCAGAUGGAAAGAAAUAUGCAGAGAUGGUGCUUCAGAAGCCAUUAGAUAGAGAGACGAACCCUAAACUGUCUCUAAAGCUAAUAGCUGUAGACGGAGGAACUCCGCAGAGAUCUGGUACAGUAAAUAUAGAUAUCACUGUUCUUGAUGCUAAUGAUAAUGCACCUGCAUUUAAUCAAUCUGUGUACAAAGCUACAGUAAUGGAAAACGCUCCUAGAGAUACUUACGUUACCACUGUUAAUGCUAGUGACGCAGAUUUUGGUUCUAAUAGUAUUGUAACGUAUUAUUUCUCUGACCUCAGCAGUGGUCUCAGUAAUAUUUUUACAGUAAAUGAAAAAACUGGUCAAAUUUUAAUAACAGGUUUAAUUGAUUAUGAAAAAGACAAAAAGUAUGAGCUCAGAAUCGAGGCAAAAGAUCAGGGAGGUUUGACAGAUUCAAGUAAAGUGAUAAUUGAAGUAACUGAUGUAAAUGAUAACGCCCCUAUCAUAAGCGUCAUGUCAUUCACUAGUCCUGUGUCAGAAGACUCUCCUCCUGGUACAACUAUUGGCAUUAUAAAUGUGAAAGAUCUAGAUUCAGGUGAUAACGGACAAGUAAACUGUAGAAUAGAGCAAAAUGCACCUUUCAAGAUUAAAUCUAAUUUAAGGAAUUACUAUACUUUGGUAACAGAUACUGUAUUAGAUCGCGAAAGUGUUUCAGAAUAUAACAUCACUGUAGUUGCAACAGAUGCAGGAACACCUCAUCUCUCUACAACAAGAACCUUUCAUUUAAAGGUCUCUGAUGUGAACGAUAAUGCUCCAGUGUUUCCACAAAGUGUUUACAAUGCGUUUAUUACAGAGAAUAACUCUCCAGGUAUUUCUGUUCUCACAGUUAGAGCUAAAGAUCCUGAUGAAAACCAAAACGCCCGAAUAUCUUAUAUUCUGGAGGAUUCUGAUCUCAAUGGGUCUCCAGUCUCUCAUUGUGUGUCAGUUAAUGCAGAAAGCGGAGUGAUACACGCAGUGCGCUCAUUUGAUUAUGAGCAAAUCAAACAGUUACUUUUCGUAGUCAAAGCGCAGGAUGGAGGCUCCCCUCCACUCAGUAGCAAUGUGACUGUUAAAUUAAUGAUCCAGGACCAGAACGACAACCCUCCUCAGGUUCUGUACCCAGUCCAGACUGGUGGCUCUCUGGUGGCUGAAAUGGUGCCUCGUUCAGCAGAUGUGGGCUAUCUGGUCACUAAAGUGGUGGCUGUUGAUGUGGACUCUGGACAGAAUGCCUGGCUCUCCUAUAAACUGCAGAAAGCCACAGACAGGGCGCUGUUUGAAGUGGGCUUACAGAAUGGAGAAAUAAGAACUAUCCGCCAAGUGACUGAUAAAGAUGCUGUGAAACAAAGACUGACUGUUAUAGUGGAGGACAACGGGCAGCCCUCUCGUUCAGCUACAGUCAUUGUUAACGUGGCGGUGGCGGACAGCUUCCCUGAAGUGCUGUCUGAGUUCACUGACUUUACACACGACAAGGAGUACAAUGAUAACCUGACUUUUUACUUAGUGCUGGCUCUGGCUGUAGUCUCCUUCCUCUUCAUCACGUGUUUAGUGGUUAUUAUAUCAGUGAAAAUCUACAGGUGGAGACAGUCUCGCAUCAUGUUUCACUCCAACCUCCCUGUGAUUCCAUAUUAUCCACCACGUUACUCAGACACUCUGGGGACAGGGACUCUCCAACACGUGUACAAUUACGAGGUGUGCAGGACGACUGACUCCAGAAAGAGUGACUGUAAGUUCGGCACAGCCGGUAGUCAGAACGUGCUGAUAAUGGACCCCAGUGCUACAGGGACGAUGCAGCGGAUACAGAGUGAAAAGAGCAUCCUGGAUGAACCAGACUCUCCUCUGGAGGUGAGCUGCAGUAUGCAAACUACUUAG